CAAGGAUUGGAAGGGGACCUUCUACAAUGCUCACAGGGUAGCCACAAAACAGCCACAUCCUCAGUGACACUGCAGCAGAUAACUUUCAACAUGUCAGAUACGUCAUUCUGCACUGAACUUGAUCACACAGUCUGUGACAGAGAUUAAUGAAUUCAUUUGGUUUUAGAACUAAUCGAACGAUGAUGCCAUGUGGCAUGGUUAGCAGAAUCUAUCAGAACCAAUAAGUCUUUUAGGUGCCAUUGAUGAUCUCAGUUAAUGAGCAUAACAGACUGUCUAUUGUUGUCCUCAUGGCUGUAAAACAGCAGCUAAUCAGCUCACUGGUGUUGUGUUACCUGAUUCAAUAUGUUGCAUGUUCCUGCAAUGUCACCUGCACCACAGACUACAAUACAUCCCUGAACUGUUCCUGCUCAGGCACAGUGCCCUCAUCUCCCAUUCUCCUCGAGGCAGAGUGCAGAGAUUUUGAAGACCAAGUGAAUGAUAGCUGUGAAAUAACACCCUCACAAAGCUGGUGUAUAAUACAACCAGAAGGUUUUUUCAUGUUAAUAUCCAGUGACACUACUUGCACUGCAAGAGUAAAGCACACAGGAAAAGAAGACACAAUGAAAACGGAUGACUCAACUGUCUGGAAAUUGUAUAAAUUAGUGAAGCCGCAGCAUCCAGUCAAUGUACAAGUGACAGAGAACAUUGAUAGCUACAACAUCACUUGGCAGAUGGAUGAAAACAUUUACCUAUGCUUCAUGUACAGGGUGCGGAUUACAACAAAUAAUAACUAUUUAAAGGAUCCAGUCUAUUACCCUGUAAGAGAGGACCAGAGGUACCUAGUGCUAAACAGCCUUCAACUGCAACCAGGAACAGAGUAUGUGGCAAAUGUCCAGGCCUCAGUGAACCCUGUGUGUAACUACCAAGGUCCCUGGAGUGAAUGGAGCUCCACCGUAGAAUGGAGGACUACAGAAGGGGAUGCUAAGUUAUGGUGUCAGUGGCCCGUUUUACUGACCAUUCUCCCCUGUUUGAUCCUGUGCUACCUCUUUAAAAUAUUGUGGCUGAAGAGACUACACUUGAUUAACUAUUCCCCAAGCCCAGAGGACUUUUUCAAGCCUCUCUACCACACAUAUGGAGGGGAUUUUAAGAAAUGGGUUGGACCUGUCUUCGUCCUCAGUGAGCUGGAUCCCUUGGAGAAAAACCCACCUACACAGAGGAUGACUGAGAAGCAGCUAGACAUCCUCAGGCUGUCCAGGCUGAGUGUGGAGGAAGACAGCAGCAGCAGCAGUGGGGACCAGGGCACCUGUCACUCCGCUGGACACAUCUCCAUCGAUACUGUGAUGGUGUCUGGGGAGGAAGGAGCUUUGUCAGGGAGUUCUUGGGUGACAUACAAGUGCAGCCAAGGUGGGGAAAGCUUCUCCCAAUAUACUGGAGGCAGCAGAGGAGGUAUCGACACUGAGGCGGAGGGCCCUCUUGGUGCUGGGGCAGAAGAGGAAGGAGGGUUAUCUGGGCAGAGUGGAAGACGGGCAUCAACGGGCCUGCCUGCUAUGAAGUGGCAGCUCCAGCUACAGGCCCGCAACCAUCAACCAGAGCAGAUUUCAUUGGACUCAGAGGACGGCUACCCUCCUAUGGUGCUGGAUCUGGACAGUGUGGACACCAUUGACAGUGGAGUCUUUGUUGAGUCUGACUGUAGCAGUCCUGUGAACUCUAACUUUAAGUCUGAGAAGCAGAUAGACUCUGCUUUACUGAGUGGGGUAGGCAGUUCCCCUUCUGAAUAUGUCAAACAGUGGGUGACGGGUAACACUAUGCAAGAGGACUCAACCAACUCAGGACAGAACAGGACGAUGUGAGUUCUCCCUCAUCUCCUGUGUCAUUGACAGUGCUUCAGCAUAUUUGUAAAAUUCCUUACUUUCCCUGGCAUAGGUAUAUUGUUCAUAUUGUCAUGUUUUUUUUUAAAAGUGAAGUACGAAUAAUUUCUUCCCAACAUAAAAAUUGUUUGUCGUAGUAAUACAAUAAUAUUGUUUGACAAUAGUUGUCAUGUUGCGUUAUGUAAAUAGAUGUAGAUUAGUCAUUUUGGCCUUCCCAGACCUAGAUUUUUGGCCUUCAUGUAAUUAAUAAUUUUUUACGGCUUCAUUUCUCAUGCAAUUUCCAUGUGGAAAGGGUAUUGUUUUUAUAUCAUGUUUGUCAUCUAAUGUUUCUUAUGUUUGUGACAGUGGAUCCAAUUGAGUUUGCAUUCAUUUUCAAUCGCUUGUUAAAAUCUUUAAAGGGACAAUCCACAGUUGCUACAUCCAUUUUUUUUUACUUAUAAAUGUAUUAUAUAAACUCAUUUAUUCUUGAAGAAUAUAACUUUUAAAUGCUACAUGAGCUUAAUUCAACUGUCAUACCCAAUCAGAAGAGAAAAUAUAAGCUUGUUUUACUCCAAUGUUUGUAAACAUUGUAAGUGGAAACAAAAACCGUAAAAUGUUGAUAUAUUGGAUGGUCAUUCCUUGCAUCAAUAGCGCUGUCUAUGAAUUUAUGAGUGGUUACAUUUCUCCAGGCCCAUCCCUCAGGUAUUACCAAAACAGAGGCUGGUGGCCACUUUGUUAUUGUUUCAACUAAUGAUUGCCCAUUUAAAGUAAAAAAAAAUUCUAAUAUGCAUGAUAAAGACCCAUAGGGGUCAAAACAAUAUUAUUAAGUUAUGGGAGCAUUCCAACAUUCAGAUAUUAGUCUCCUUUUUCUGUACGAUGCAUAAAUGCAUCAGAACACAGAUUUAGGUCUGCUUUAAUGCAGUUCUCUUCACCAUUGUCAUUUACUUAUAAGAAAUUAUAGCUACUUGUGACUGUGAACUAAAAGGUUGGCAGCGGUAGGCUACAUCUGAUAAAUUGACUCGCCACUAGGUAUCGAAUUCUAUAAUCUAGAUAUUGCCGUUGCACUGUUAUUACAAUGAGUUAAACCACUGUCUAGUUUCCGUUAACAAUCUUUGAGAAGUAUGAAACAGAUUGAUUUGACUGCACUGAAGAGUAUGAUAAAACAUAUUUUUAUAUGAAUUUCAGGAAUAUUAUAAUAAACUAUAGCUUAGUUCAUUAUAUUCAUGAUGCUUAAAUAUGACUUAUACACCAACAUAUCACCUUUUUUAUCGCAAGUGUGUAAUGUGAAAUAGAAAAUAUUAGACAUAUGUUCAUAAAAAAUAUUACAAUGGGUUAAUUUGAGCAAUUAGAUAGCAAUCAACUCUGUCACAGAGAGGCAUGAAGAAGGCGUGGAGAAGUGAACAGCUUUCAUAUGAUAACAGGACCUGACUUCCUCUCAUGUUAUUAUAGUGUUAUGAUGCUUGACUUCACUCAUUCAUUCUCUCUGAGAGAUGCCCUAUCCACAAGACCCAUGCACAAGCCCUUCACUCAUGCUAAGAUGAAGCUUCUACUGGCACUUUGUGCAGUUUGGAACAUCAUCCAACUAUCAGUGUGCUGUUCUUCUGGAGAACUGCCAGAUCGACUCACCUGUGUAUCUGAUUAUUGGUUUACAAUUACCUGUACUUUGAGCAUCACUGACAAGCCUGCAGGUGUCAACAACACCCACUACUGGUUGAAUUUCACCUGGUCUGAUGAAGCUGGGAUUACAUUCAAAUGUCCACUGGUGGAGAUGGGGGACAGUUAUGGUUGCACAUUUGUGGCCGAUUUUGAUAAGAAUGUAACGUAUCACGGCUCUUCAUUUAAUGACAUGGACUGUUUCAAUGUACAUCUUUGUUAUAACAUUGACUGCCAAUCAAACUUGACAGGCUUUGAACCAUUCAAAAAUAUUCAGCCAACAGCUCCAAGUCAUCUUGCUGUCCAGUGGACUUCAGAGGGUUACAAAUGCACUUGGCAAAGUGGAUAUGAACACCAUCCAUAUAUAACAGAGUUCCAUUACCAACUCUGCUUCUACAAAUACCAUGGCGAUAAGGGCGAGGUGUUUUGUGUGUCCCCUCAAAACAAAUCUAUUUUAAUUGAUGGAUCUAGACUUGAGCCAGAUACCACAUAUGUUCUGAAAGUGAGAUCCGAGCUAUAUAAGUCCUCUGGAUAUAAAGGACAGUGGAGUCCGUGGAGUGCAUUGGUACAAUUGAGGACUGAUGCAAAGGAAGCAGAACCAACUAUAGUCCUUGUCCUCAGCAAGUUUGUAUUUCCAGUUUGUGUGAUUGCUGGAGUUCUGUUGUUUGUAUUUUACAACCCCACUACAAGAAUGAAGAUAAAAGCUUUCUAUGAUGUGCCAAGCCCAGCCCCUUUUUUCAAACCUCUCUACAAAGAUAACAAACAUUUCCAGGACUGGCUUGAGUCAGAGUGCAAUCUGAUACAAACAUACAAAACAGAAGAGCUCCUGACCAUCGAUACUUUGAUUAUUGAGGCCAAACCUAUAGCAGAGGACCAGGACUGUUCAGCUACAACACCAUAUCCCCUAGCACAAGUUCACACUCCCUAUGUUGGUCCCUCAGUGAUGGACUGGGUCUGCAGUCACAGUCCAAAUGGAAAUGGUCCUGGGGACAUUCCUUACACCCAGCUGCCCUGCUCUCCCCUAGAGCUCCAGUUUGGAGGGAUGGUCACCUCUUUCUCUCAGGACCCUUCGGUCGCCUGUGAGGGGGACUCUGGAUGCGAGGACUUAACACUCAGCCCUGACAGCAGCUUGCCUAAUAGUCCUGUAUCUAGUGAGCCAGAAUGCAUCUGUACUGAUUACUGUAUCCUACACGAAACCUCUAAAGGUUUUAUCCCCACCGUUGUGCCCAAAGAGGUCUCUACUCAUCCCUUGAAGAGUUAUUGCAUAGAGGGACCAGGCAAGAAGGAAACCUGUGCCACUGAGUGAAGUUACCAAAUGUUACAUCAUAUGCCAAUAGGACACAGACGGCCUACCUCUUGGGUUUUGAAAAUGUACUGAGCAAGGGGUGUCAUAGUCUUUACAAUUUCCUAAAUGACAUAAUGUUGACUUAUGAUCAUUUGCAGUUUCUUAUUUGUAAUUCUGAAGUAGAAUUGUGUAUACUAUACUGUAAUGAAAUGUGUUUUGUCCGUUUGAAAUAAUGUACAUUUUUGAAUUACUGUAUCAAUUGUGUGAUAGCUUAAAUUGCUACUUUGGACCAGUUCAUUUCAUAAUUUGUCUGCAUUAAUGGCACUACAGCCAUUGAUCCUUCAGUAUGUGAGUUAACCACCAGAGGAUGCUGCGACUCAACACUUAGAGGAGAAAUUGGCGAGGUGCAGUUUCUUGGAUGACAAUUUCAGAUAUAUGUAAUAUUUUGAAAGUAGUUUGAUAAUCCUGUAAUUACUAUGUCCUUUAAUUUGUCUUGUAUUACAUACUUGUUCGCUAUUGUAAAUAAAAUAAUACAUUGG